GCGGUAUUUUUGAACAAUUUUUUUGUACCGUUGUAAGUUUCGGAAUGAUUUCAGAGCUCAACAAUUGGCCGAAGUACAAAAUUAUUCACAAAUCAAAAAUAACAUCUUUCGACUUUCUUUUGGACCACGGUCUCAUCAAACACAUUGAUUUGGAUUAUUACUACGCUGUUCCAGAUAUUGAGAAUCAGUUCUAUAAAAUUAAAUGCGAGUCGAUAAACACGUCAGAUGACGUAGAAACCAUGGUCAAAGCCUUCAUAAAGAAGUUGAACACCUACAACGAGCUCAAAGACUGCUGUGAAAGCCUUGUGGGUAAAAUAGCCGAACUAAAAGGUGUGAGAAUUAAGGACGUGCGAGAAGAGGUAGAGAUUCCGGAAUAAAGCACGAACACCCUAUGGGAUAUUUAUAAUUUACAAUAAACUCUUCGUUAUGGUGUAACUAAACAUAUCGGCACUGUUUACC